UUCAAUUUUUUGCCUAAAUAAUACGAGAAAGGGUAUCCAAUCACCCCCUUACUCUUCCUCUUCCGGUACCCUCCUCUCAUUGCUCGAGGCGAAGCAAUGGAGGAUUGGCAGGCGCAACGAUAGGGUGAGAGUUGAUGCGGUUACUGUGUAGAUAAACUCCAUUGCGUUCAUUUCCCCUUCGUUUUCACUCCUCGCCACCUGAGAAGUGACAAAUCCCCACCUUCCAAUCUUCCACGCUCGGAGAAGUGAGCUCGGUCAAAAGUACGGACCACGGUACACCGCGGUCCAAGGAGGGGAGCAACCAAGCAUUCUGCGCCGCUGCCGACGGGAGGCGAGACGAGAAUCUUGGUAGGAUUCUUGUCUAUUUUAUCCGCCUGGUGCCACUCUCUCUUUGCCUGCGUCUUCCGCCGCCGCAGUUUCAGCGUCGGCGGCCUGUUCGACGGAAUGCCUGAGACGCCCAAUAUCGAAGAGGACAAGGAAACAGCUGUCGUAACUGACGGCGAGGGCUGCGUCAGCAUUCUCCUGGACGCGACCCUUCAGGAAGUGCGGUCUUCGCUUCCGUUGCCGGCCGCCGCCGCGGCCGACGGCGAGGACCGCAUCAGCGCGCUCCCGGAUGCGAUCCUUCACGAAGUGCUAUCCUUUCUGUCCUCGCAGGAGGCCGUGCGGACGUGCGUGCUUGCUACCCGCUGGCGGGACGUCUGGAAGUCCGUCCCCGCCCCCGCCCUGCGCAUCAAUGUCAGCGCAACUCCCGUACGACAGCGCAACUGCCCUGGCCAAGUUUGUCAAUCACCUGGUUCUCCGCCGUGACCCAGCAGCGGUUUUGCGUCAAUGUGAAAUCUGCGCCAGAUUCGAGAAUCUGGACAGGCCCGAGUAUGAGGACAGGGAUCAUGCUCUCCAAUACGUUGAACAGUGGAUCCGGUAUGCUAUAUCUUGCAAGGUUCGGAAACUUUGUGUUGAGGGCGUCUUCGGUUUUAACGACUGUGUGGAGCUUUCCAAGGCGACUCUCAUCUCCAAGCACUUGAGCAUC